AUGGAACCGGGUCAUGUGUGGUACGCGUGGAUGGACUGUGCGGAUUUGUUAGCCGUUGUUAUAGACUUCGCUAACGGUGUCCUUGAUAUUUUCUCCUACUGGGCCCAGGUAGCUGAAUAGGCAGAGCGCUAAAGAAACCGAAUAGUUCUUCUUCACUGUGAAGGAAAUCAUGCGCGAUUCACCAUUGUACGUUCACUCCGCGUAAUACACGUUAGAUGACAUCGUUAACAACGAUACAACUACUAUAUACUUGGUUUCAUGGACCACGUAUACGCGAUACUAGAUAUGUAAUUAAGUAGGCGGUAACUACGUCAUUUUUGAGUUCGAUAGGGGUUAAUGAGACUAGAUAUUUUAGCAGGACUAUGGAAGUUAAUUAAAUUGUGGAUGAUCUACGAAGCUCAAAAGACACCGGUGAGAAAAUGAUAUUAAAAGAGUUUCCCAAAAUUUACCUAUUACAUUGGAUACUUAUACGAAUGACAGGCUCCAUGAGCCAAAAUCUGCAUGGAUGUCCACGAACCUCCUUUAGAAAUGAAAACCGAAUCAGUCAUUUCUACGUUUCUUUUUGAAAGACGCACAAAUGUAGGAGAAGCUGCAGACUGCAUAAAUUCCUUUAGUGUAAAUAUGUGGAGCAAGUCCAUUUCGUGCACCUCCGUCAAACUUUUAGGACGUAAAAGUUUGCGAAAUAGAGUUCGCAAAGCAAAUCUACCGACUAUAAUGGCGUCUUCCGCAAUUUUCGGGUUCCAAAAUAUAUAAGAAAAACUACAAUCUGAAUCGUUAAGCUUUCAGCGCGUGAAAACGAGGAAAACAAACCUGUAGUCCCUUGAGUUCCACGGAAAAUAAAAAUAGAAAAUGAGUAUGUAUAAAAGGUAAAGUGAAAAAAGCAACUGUAAAUGGGUUUGGGAAAUUCCUGUUUUUGGGGGAAGAAUGGCUGAUUAAGCUAGAGAAACGUUUUCGCUGUACGGAUUACGAAAAUUUUAAGGUUGGAACAUCGUGGACGUUUGACGUAUACAAUGUUAAUCCAACUUCCUAAUGUGAUUUCCUGACAAAGCAACUUUGGAAUCAACCCAAGGAGGAGAAUGCAAUAACGCUCUCUCGAUGAAAGCCAAUGGGCAGCAUCUUAUAAAGGUUUGACGUAAGUGCAAGGUAGUGUUUUUUAUUAAAAUUUAAAAGCCUUCUAGAUGAAAACCACAUCAUUGAGUAUUUCCAAGGCGAGUUUUUGAGUACUGUUUCACAUCUCAUAUUAUUAUUUAAAGCAAAGACUUCAAAUUUUUUUGUUCUUCUUCUGUUCGAUACUGCUUGUUUAGCUUUGUUAUCUACCAUCCAAAUUUUGUCGUAUUUUACGCAACACCGACUGCCGACGCCCAAUGUCGCGCUCGCUACAUUUUCAAAAUGCUAAAAGAGUCAGACCAAAUUUUCAUUACGUAGUACAACUCUCCCCUCCUUAAAUUAGUAUCGGCGACAUAAAAGUGUUUAUGAAGUUUCACAAUCGCGUAAAAACUCAACGUCUUUUUGUCAACUUUAUGUUACUGAAAUUCUGUAAUCUGAAAUAAAACCUUGAUUCGACCUUGAAGAUGAUGUCUGUUUAUACCCUUCGACGAGGUCACCGAUUUCCCAUUAUUGCGACAAAUUUUGAUGUAAUUCAGAACUAUGUUAACAAAAUUGGCAUACCAGACGGCCUAAUUCAUAAUAACGUUUCUCAAAACAUUGUUUUAUUUCAGACAUUUGUUCGAACAUUGCGCGUACAGUAUAUGUUCCUCAUGAUUCGCAUAUUGUUCAUUUGGACCAUUAUCUAUAUUGAUAGCCCUUAAUAACCUCCGCGCGUUUUCUCUAUAAAGUAAACCUCAAGCUUUCUCUCACACUGCAAUUGUUGUCUAUAGGGUAAUUUUCGUACUUCAGGCCGUCCUCUUUGGCAGGAACAAUUCAAGUCAGCGAUUCAUGCAAAGUUUGCAAUCGUUUCAAUUGGAUAUGUAUACUAGUAUGGAUAUCCAAUAGCGAUAUCCGAUAGCGAGCUCGCUAUCGUCUUUAGAAAACACUUUAUCUAUUUCUAUGGCUCACGGGCACUACACGGUCGUUUCUCCGGAAUUCGUUCGUUCUGUUAUGCCUAUCGGGUUCUCUCUCGAGCCCAGCCAGCAGCUGCACAGCGGCUCAUGAUAUAAGCCGAAUGACCUUACCGACAAAAGCAAGGGAAGCUUGAAUGACCAAUAAUAGCUUAUUAACUGUCGUCAGCUAGUCCUGCCCAACCCCGAAGUGGGGAACACCCGAGACUCGUACUCGCGACCCCGGUCAUUUUGUCUAUAUCAUUCGCCGCUGUGCGGCUGCUGGUUGGGCUCGAGAGAGAGCCUGUAAGGCACAACGGAGCGAGUGAGUUCCGUAUGAACUAUCGUUGAGCGCCCCUUACCACUGUGUAUUCCCGAUCGAAACCGACAGGACAACGGGCACGUGGCCCAGCGGUUCGAGGCGUGGACUUCUGAAUAACAGGUUCAGAGUUCGAGUCUCGGGUGUUCCACACUUCGGGGUUGGGUAUAAUUGGCUGACGACGGCUAAUAAGCAAGAAAUGGUCCCUAAAGUCUCCCUUAUCUUCGUCGACACUAAUACACUGAAUACAUAAUGUCGAUAGAGGGGCAGUAUGUGUAGUGGCUCGACUGCUAGAUAACAUACUUAACGACAGUUUUUCAUCCGCACACGUGUACAAAAGCAUUUUGAGGUUGUUAACGGUACUUAUGAGCUAACUUCGAUAAGGAUCCUGGAUUUCAUUUUAAUCUUUGGGCAUUUUUGGUAUUUUUUACGUAGUUGACCCUCAGUUUAUGUGCUGUUUAUAUAAAGUUCAGAUUGUGCUAGAUUUUGAGCCGUAUUACGCAUGACAAUGCAUCCGAUAAUAAUCUCAAUAUUCAUGCGUCAAACGCCAAUAUGCAUAAGGCCUUCCUUAAAGCACUUCAAUUAUUUGUGCAAGUUUUCAAAUUAUGUCCCUUAUAAUGUUGGGUUUGUCCCAGUUUUGUUUUAGCAUAUACACGGGAAUUUUGACGUUGUCAGGUCUAUACUUGUCUGACUGACAAUAGUGUGACUGUACUGCUCAGGAAUCUUAAGCUCAAUAAAAGCAUAAUAGUUUAUAUUUUUUGACAUCCAAGUUCGCUUUUGCAGUUCGAACAAAUGGCAUUUUUACUGACGUCUGAAUUAUCGAUACCUGGCGUGGUUUCUCACAACUGCUGUCUCACACUCUCAGCCCUUAGGGCAGAACCUGCAUUAUCACUUUACUAAGUCGAAUUUGUAGCCCAUAAUCACGCCACGGACGACCUUAGUACAUUUUCAGGGUUUCGCAUUCUAGCUCUGAAAAAGGUGAAAAAAGCUAUGAGUUAUUGAGCACUGCUAUCCGAGUUUGAAAAUUUUCUUAGUUCUCGAAUUCGAAGUAUGAAUCAUUGGAUGCUGACCGCAAUUCACUAGAAACUUUACUCCUGUUUGUAGAUGAUUCGUCCGUUUUUAGCAAAGACGCAAAAGGAAAUUUCGUUUGUACUGUCAAUAAACCAAAAAAUGACGGUCUCCCAAACGCUUGCCUGUAAAAUGUUUUGCAACGUCCGAACUCUCCUGGAUAUUUCUUAAAAUUCUGGUUCGGCGGGCAACCAAUAUUUGCCCCCACUACGUUAAACAGACAGAUAUUCUGUUGACGUAGAGUACUGUGGGCCAGAUAGCUGUCAGCAGUCACUCACGAUAACUGUGAAGACAAGUUAAUCGGGAUCAAGAUCGACGGAAAAAACCUGCAAGGCAGAUCGCUGAACAGAAUAUUUCAUGCCAGAAGAUGAUUUACUGAGCUGAUGUCCAAUUUAAACCGGCUAUAAUUUAUUAUAAUUUUUUAGAACAAGGUCAAAAGGCUUGCAGUGUUAAUUACUUAUUCACGGUGAAUGUAUAACCCCCGACACAAUACGUUCUUGAGGUUUUUGGCAUAAAAAAUACAUGUAGUUGCAACAAAACAACCUCUUCACAUUACCAACUGCUCACCGAUUCCACUAUGCUUCUACUGAUUUCUUACCUUUAAUAUUUUAGUAAGAGACUGAUCAUUAUGUCAAAGAGUCCAUACGAGAACAUAUUUGAAAAGCAGAACAGAAACGAACCACAGCGUCUCCAACCCGGGCAACGAAUUCUUAAAAGUUCAUAUGUUCCACGCGGCCCUGCUGAUGCAACACCUCCUCCUCCUCUCUGUAAGAGUCGAUUGCAGCUGUUCGAUCCUGAACGUCAAUCACGUCAAUCACCGUCGCUGAAUGCAUCAGGCGGCAACAGGGAUAAAAACUAUACAGAGCAGGCAGUAGUACGCAAUAAUUCGCCAGCGGUCACGCCGUCUGCUCCAAAAUCCUCCCGCCUGCGUCCGGCAAACAUAGUUAAGCCCUAUCGGGCCAUCAGCCCUAGUUUACAGACUACCGGGCAACAGGCUCACAAUCGAUCUCCACCUGCGAGUCGACCCCGAACGAUUAUGCCAGCUCAUGGAACGCCUUUGCGUUUGCAGCAAGCGGCCAGUCAGCCGUCCUCGCCAAUGCGAAACGCCACUCGAUCAUACAACCAAAACUUGUUUAAUUUCUUUCCAGGACGUGAAAACUAUCCAGGUAAACGUUGUUAUUAUUAGGGCAAAUGAAACUAGAACAUCAAUGUCUAUUUGGUUGAAACUGUGACAAAUAAUUAUAGCUUGGAAAAUUGAGCACGGUGGAGCUUCAAAGUUUCUUGAAAAUCAAGUGUAACUACUAGUUCAUAUAACAAACUCUUGUUUUUCCAUUUUCGCAUAUUGCCUGUUAUAAUUUCUGAUUAACGUUCCAGUCAUAAUUACAUACAGUAUGGUCUGCAGUCGUUAUUCGCACUGUCGAUUUUGCUCAGAGUAUUUCUGACAUCAUUUGAUAACUUUAAGGUUAUAUGACGCUAUAUGUUGCACAGGUUCGAUUGCAUAAUAUGUGCCAAGUUUUGCUUGUUUCUUACGACCAGUUGUACUUUCCAAAACAGACAGUAAAUACAAUUGGGAGGGAAAAUAUUUAAAAGAAAUAUAAGGAGACGAAAUAGGUAGUUAAUUAGAUUUUUGCAUACACCCAAUCGGCCUGAUUGAGUAAGCCUCUAUAAGAUAGAAAAGGCUGUCCAAACGCAAAUUACUUCAGCGAUUUACUACACCCGGAAAACUUACACCAAGUUGACACCGAGUCCAAAACGUUGUUUUGCAUUGUACGGGCUGAUACUAAGUAUUUUCUCGUUGAUCACGCCUCAAAAAUCAAGUGCCGCAGGAGAAUAUUCCGAUUUUCCCCAUUAUUUGAUUUUAAAACAUCACGGUAAUGCAAUGCGAAUCUUGGCUGACUACGUAUUUUACGUGUCAACUUGUGCUGAAUGUUAACUGACAGAAGAAAUGACACUUUUGUUUAUGAAUGUUUACCUCGCAGGCAGCAAUCUUUCCCGCCCCUCGGUAGACCAAAGUCAUUACACCAAAAGGAUUACCUCACGACCUCCCGUCGGGACCAGGAGUGUUAGCAGUGGCAGCGAUUCUUCGUCACGUUUUCCUCAAGAAGAGUUUAGCUCUUCACAAAAGGAGACCUCAGCUUUGACCUCAUCAGCUUGCUUUAAACGCCCAGAACGAGAGAGCGAAGUGUCUACUGAAGCACUUCGCUGUCUAGAAAGUCGACUCCGGCAGCUUGUGAUGUCCAAAGAGGCCCAAGGUAGCAAGAACAUUUUCAGAAAUGGCUUUCAAAAUAUUUUUUCCAAAAAGUUUAUUUUUAAAACUUAAAACUAUCAAUCUGUCGGAAGAAUGUCGAAAAACAUUUUACCACCCUGUGACUUGGUGUUCAUUAUAAAUGAGCGAAGCCAUUCUCAACCGACAGCUACAGUUAUUUCCAAGCCUGCAUUACUGUGCUAAUAGGCAACUGAAAUCUGGAGAAAUAUAAACAAGCAACUUUAUUUUCGCUCUAUUGGCUUAAAUUGUGAGGCCAGACAUAAGGACCAAUCUCUACGUAAAAAAAACAUAUUACUCUUAAAGCCCGCGUUAACUUUUCAUGGCAGUUUUUUGCAAAUAUCUUCGAAUGAAAUUCCAAAAACUUACGGGAUAAUUGCGAAAAAUCUGUUCGUUCCCCUACAGGGUUACAAUUGUCUUUUGGACAACCAAGCUGUUUAGUUUAGACUCUUUUAGACAAUACGAUUUAAACAAAUUAUGUAACUUGGAAUGUGGUCGCUUCAUAUAAUUCUGCCUUUCGUAAACUCGUGUUAUGUCCAAAAGUUGUAUCUAAAAAAUGCCAACGUCAGCUUUGUUAGGAAUGUAAGAAAUCAUCAUACUGUGCACGAUAGCUGUCAACAGGAAGUUUUCUUAAUAGUUUGAUUAGCAACUACGCUCCCAGUAGGAGUCUCCAUUCAAAUUUACGUGUUCAUUGUUAACUGAUCGCGCAAAUGCGACACGCGACUGCCCGUUUUCUGCGUAAAUUAGGCCUAGAAGCACCCAUGUGGAUGCAAUUUUUAUUUUCAACAUACUCCAGGCGGUUAAAGGUUGCACUGGUUCAUUUCUCUAUUCCCAUCUACAACAAAUCAUGUUACUCAAUGAAGCACAACAGAGUUAUCCUGGAACGUCUACUGUGCUACGUUUAUUCUUGUGUAACGCAGAAAAGCGUGUCACUGACUUUUUGCUUUACUGAUGUUUCAGCGUGAAGUCUCCUGUUCCUGGUAAAAAAUCGCACGUCUUUGACUAUCAUUUACCACUUUAAUCAGUUAAUCGUCACCGCAAAUUAAUUUUGUAGCCAGUCAACGCGACUCAUCAAGCGACUAUGAUAGUGCCUCCGCCCUUCUUACACCGUCCGAGGUUCAAACGAGGCCGUCCACAUCAGACCUAAAUGCUUUAUCUACUUCGCAACAAAAACAAACUUUUAGCUCUCGCCUGCCAGUCCUGAAGCUAUUGAAGUCGAGCCAAUGUGAAUCCAACUUCGAUGAAGGUCCGAUCUCCGAGAGCAGUUCCAGCGCCUCUCUUCAGGAUUUUACACACGAAGAAGUUCGUUCAGUUUUUUCUCUAGCAAUCAAAAAUUAAAUGAUUUCAUUUUGUGUAUAAGCUUAAUUGACGCUUUACAAUACGAGUCUCUCUCAUCUAUGAAAACAUCUAAAAUGUAUAACAGGUUUUGCAAUUAACUUGAAUUACGUAAGCUUCAUAACCUAGUGAACCAUAUAUAUCAAGCUAAUGCAUCUCAAGUGAGGUCAAACGAAGCAAGUCGCCUUGCUGAGUGAGUAUGCGGGAGAGCGAAAAAUCAACUUUUAAUUCCCUUAAAUAUAUCAGGAGUUCCUUCUAUUGGCCUGAAGGGGCACUUUCAGUAUUAAAAAACUUAAAAUAUAUUGCUUUCUCCUGAACUACAUCUCCUUGUGUAUGCAGAAGGAAAAAAGGGAGAUUGGAAUGGACAUUUCUGGCUAAUUUGCCAUUGUUAACUAGUCAUACCCAUUCCCCAGGUGUAAAACACCUGGAGCUCGAUCAUGCGACCUGUUGGUUGGAAGUUUAACGUCCCUAGCCACUGAUCCACGGGUUCUUUGCCCUGUUAGUUGUAAUAAAGUAUGUAUAAUGGUAGAAGGGUGCCUACCGACCGCAUAAAAAAUAUGCAUAAAAAUAUUCUAUCCUGUGCCCAUUUUGCAGCAUUUCACGUCCUAUCUAAAUUUUAUCUUCGUAUUAUGGGUCUCUUCCUGUUCUAAAAACGUUUUUGAUUGUAACGUUUUUAGGACUGCGCGUUGCCUACUUAAAUAACACCAUAUCUGCCUGUCCAGUAAUGCUUCUAAUAAAGUUAACAACACAGUCUGCGUUCGCUGAAACCUUAUGAGUCUCAUUUGACAUUUUUCAAGGACAUAAAUAAAUGUUUGCUUUUGUAUGCGUUUUGUAAAUUAAAAGCCCUAAGCAAAGAUGGAACGACAGAUCGAGCUCAAAAUUAAUCGAAAGUUGAAAAAACUUUUUAAAACCAAUAUUCCCUUUUUGGAGUACAGAGUUUGAGGAAAACGUGAUUUGCUACCAAAGGAGUACAGGAUAAAAAGGUUUUUACAUACGUCUUCUGCAAAAUAUCUUUUAUUUAUAAGGGGUUUAAAAUUCUAUAGAAAAAGGCAAUCAAAUAAAGUCGUCAGGUUUGCCGAUUGCGGUUCUUGCGGGCGGCCGAAAAGGCGUACAUUCAAAAGCCAGCAGCCAAGCAUGUUUGCAGUAUUACAAGACUACGUGGCAAGAUAGGCAGUAUUAUGGUCCCACUAGUGUAAUCCCUUCUAAUCGGAUACUCCUUCUAGAAUUUCUGUUAACAUUUCAUGAGAUUGGCCACUGUCUGUACAUCAUUAUUUCGCCCUGACGGAUGCACGACCAGUUAUGUAAGGAACUGUUCUGAGUAUCUGACACAGCCCCAGGGCCCCAUCGUCAAUCGAGAUUUCGUGCCGCAGGUAUUCUGCUCCCGGCUUUAUAUUCACGGGACCUCUGAAGUGGUCGUCGGGUCGGUAAAUUGUCUCAGCAUUCACAAUGCGCGCAGUGGUGCCUCCAAUAAAGGAUCCCUCCCCAAUGUGCAACGUACAAGUUUAAUCUAUCGCAGCCUAUACGCCAAUUAUUUUUACGUUUGUGAUGGUCACACAUGUUCACGUUUGAGCACUCGUAUUAACAAACACCAACUACUUCUUACGACAAAGGGGCGCUCACCAAUCAGGUUAUGGAACGUACUCGCACCGUUUUGUCUUGGCGCCCAUACUAGAACCCUCGCAGGCAGUCGCACAGCGUGGCUCAAUGGUAGGGUGUCAAACACCAUGGCAAAAGAUCCUGGGUUGGAAUCCCAAGUGAGCCACACUUGGGGUUGGGUAUGACUGGCUGAUGACGGCUAAUAAGCCAGAAAUUACCAUUCCGGUCUCCCUUGUUUCUGUCGGUAUCAUCUCAUUUACAAACUAGCUCUUCACCCAUGUGGCACUAUCCGUCGUAAUGGCGCACCGGUAAACUUGAGUCGCCCAUGUCCCCAAACACUUUUUUCACGUCUUUUAUCGAAACCCUUACAAUUUGUUGUAGUGUCAGUUGAAAAAAACUGUUGUGAGAGGUUUUUACAAUUACCCCGUGUCCUUUAGUGGCCUACAGGGAACGGUAAAGUGCGGCAAUUCAUUUCGGAUGAGAAUCCGCUCUCCAUGGAAGGGAGGAAACCAAAGUAGUCAUAAGUACCCGUCUAAAAUCCCACCUGUUGCACGUUUUACGUCACCAAAUAAUGAUGCGCAUACUUUCGGUUCAUCAACGCCCAGGCUAGCCGAUCCCACAGUCUCCAUCCUCACGUUGACACCGCUGCCGGUCGCUGAUUACCGUUCACUGUUCUCCGCCUUCUCCUUACAGUCUGGCUUUGACUUCAGCAAGUGAUAGGCACACACGCGCAUUCCUCCGCUGUGCACCCUCGAGCUUUUCAGGUGCAUCGGCGAGGCCAUGUGCAUGGCUCGGUUUGUGGGCUCCCACCCGCCAAUCUCACAUUCCUGAACCCGCCUACAGUUGACAUUAUGGCUGGGACCGCGUGUUCUUGCGUUCACAUCAGUGGCCUCCCUCUUCUGCGUGCACACGGGUUUCGUUCUUCCCCCCCCCCUCCCUCCCCUCGCGCCAUUGCCCGCUCUUACUUGGCUGCCAGCUUAUCAAGGAGGCGGCAGCCGCCAUUGCCAUGGCAUUCCUGAAAUUCUUAAGUCGUCAGAAGACCUCUCCGCACUGGCGUCUGCUGGUCAGCCGCCCUCGGCUGUCCCACCCUAACGGCAGCAACAACAGCGGCAUCAACAGAAGCGGAAACAUUCUCAUUGGCUAAUGCCCUCCCAGCUUCCCGUAGGUAUGGAAAAACAAGAAAUCCGGCCGGCGUGCACCAACGUGGGGAAGGGGGAGGGGGGCAACUACCAGCAUCACACACAACCCACUCGGAUCAGAAUGCUGGAUCUCUGUGUGUGUUCUGUGAGUGUGUGUGUGUGGGAGCGUUUUAUGUGCAGAUUAGGUUUGGAGAAACUGAUAUUUAGAAGGUGAAACAGUUUCCCGUGCGUACUAGCUCGCGUAUCUCACUAGCACCGUGGUGUGUUGGGAAAAUGCGACGGUCAAAAGAUGUGAAGGCUAGGCAGUCGAGUUCACACCCCCACGUCCCAGCAGAGACAACCUGCGGUUAGCCUGGAGGAGGACGGCAUGUGUGUGCAUGUUUACGCUGGCGGCGGCGGCGUCGGUGGCCCAUGCAUGGCAACCCACCCCAUUCUCCUACGCCAGCCGUACGUGAUAUCAUUACGGGUGGGCGCGGUCUCGUAAGAAUGCAUCCACAUUCGACCACCGGCUCUUUCAGACCUCUCCUGAAACCAUGCUACCGAUGCAUUAUCAGCAACCCCAACAGGGGGGAGGGGGUAAGCAUGUGUGGCGUGUUUCAACACACACACACACACACACGCAACCAUACGCCUUAUCAUGUUUCAUUCCAGACCCCCGCCCUCCCCAAAAUUACCACAUUAGGAAGUCUAUUUGUCUUUCAUCGAGCCUGUAUGUGGGUGUGGGUGUCUGUACAAGAGUGUCAGAUUUAGGUGAUGCAAUCAAGGCCAGUGGCCGCGCAUUCUGGCAUCUUCUUACCCAGCAGUCUCUCCCACCCCCUCUUUCUUUAACCCCCUCUUUCGCCUCCCGGUGAAAAGAUCUACCUGACCGUUUCUGCCACUGAUUGACCACUCCUUUUCUUCACCACCCUGCCUGUGUGUGUGGAGGUAUCCAUAUAUAUUGCUGGCUAUUUUGGUUGCGAUAACAGGCACAGCGGCAUAUCAGGGAAGGGUCAUCUUAAGUGCGCGCGGUACUCCUGAUACCGCAAGGUCGUGGAAUUACUGAGACCAUCAUCGCAUCCUUCUAGCGAUCAUUAGCCAGAGACCAGGAGCAAACUCUCCCUCGCCCUUCCUUCCUCUCCAGCUAGGUAAUUCAUUUUGCGCGCUGGUUUUCAAAAAGCAUAUCCGUUAUCACCCACCGCCUGUGUUAUCGAGCCGUUUUUUGUGUCAUCGACUUUCUGAAAUUUUUGCCUCCCACCGAUUAGUCCCUAGUUUCAAAUAAGUUGGUUUGAAGGCGCCUGCACGCCAGUGGCUUAGCGGCGUCAGCAAAGGUAGAAUUUGCUACAAAAGUCGUCUGGAACUGCAGCCCCCUUCGCACAGGUAGUGUUCCUUUUUGGAUGUCUUUGCCUCUAAGUAUAAGAAAACGUGUUAGCGCCACACGAGAGCGUGGUAAAGGUGAAUAUUCUGAGUAGAGUACGGCAACGGACACUUCCCUUUUGCGUCGAAGGUCCGAAUUUAUAGCCCAUACUAGCUGAUACAUAUCGACAGAUAGUGAAUCACCGAAAAAUGUCGCCGAUCAAGGGCCGCAUCCGCACCCUGGAUAUACCAACGCCCGGGGGCUGAGGUAUCACUUGCUGAUGAGGGUCAGCAAGCCGGAAACGGGCAUUCUGAUGAGUCCAGCCCCAAAUAAUGAGGCAGUGAUGGGAAACAGACUGCGAAUCAGAGAGCAGGUGGAAGUUCGUGGGUCAUGAGAGCGGUUUAAAUGUGUCCGUAUAAUUGGCGCAUUAGAGCGAUUUUUGUAAAAUGAACUUUAUUCUGUGGACAUCAGACAUUGGGCGGCAGUUUGCCUUGAUGUGAAAGCUUUGUUUCUUAUCCCGCCAGUCAACUACACACAGACGUAUGUAUAUACACUUUAAGUUUCUUUGUACAGUACUAGGUUUUUUGCGCAAUCCAAACGUUGGUAGUAAGUAGAGGUUCAGUUUAAUGUAUCGCCGCAUGACUAAAAUGAGGGAGUCCGUUUCCCGGGUGGAUUCCCAAUGUGCCAGCAUCCGAAGAAACCUCAGCGGAACGUGUGUACGGGCUUUGACCUAAUGCCUUUACUGGCAUUAUGGUGAAACAAUUGUCAAAUAUUAUAUACAUGCAGGCAUAUAUGUUUUGGAACUGCAUCCACCGAUCGAGUCACUGGACAUGUUCAGAUAACGACCACGAAAAUAUGCUAAAAGAAGUGUCGACCAAGAUGAGAGAGACAAAACAGACUAUUUCUGGUUUAUCAGCCCUGUAAGAUAUUCGAACACAGUUCAUACUUUCGAUCGCAACUGGCAGGACAACGGGCUUGUAGUUUAAUGGUAGCUCAGGGCUCCAGACUUGAAGUUGGUAUGGCUACAUGGUGACGGUUAAUGAUCCACAACCAACGAAUCUAUGCUCACCUUUUUGCCGAUACUCCUUGCAACAUGUAUACAGUAGCUGGGUUAACUCAUGAAAUUUCAACCUGAAUUCCGAAAUGCGUUUUCGUCUCAAAGAGAUUAAUUAAGUAGGGUUGUAAAACUAAUCAUCGUGCAGCAUAAUUCUAUAAUUGGCAUGCAAACACGGUACUCUAUAAAAAGCGACUACUUAAGUAGCAUGCAUUUUUCUCAUUGAUUUUCGAUGCUCCGAAACUUUAUUUUGUGGCAAAAAUGCACAAAAUUUUUCAUUUUUCUUGCUCAUUCGGUAGACAAUGGUGUUUUUUCCAAUUUUUUACUCGAGGGAAGGGUAUAAUUCGGUUAACAAAAACUUUUCCAAAUCCCGAAUAGUCUUGAACCCGACUUGCCGUUACUCUUGCAUCCAGGGUUUCCAAACUGCAAGUCGCAUAUUUUCUGAGUAGGAAAACCGUAUUAAAAGGAGACCAUAUGGGGUUCAUAAACUUAAGCAGUGGAUUUUAGCAAAAUUGUUAACUUAACAAGCCACAUUCGCUAAUGCAGAUACAUGACGUUUUAUAAACGGCCAUUUCACGGAAUUAAAAAGAUCUCAGAAUUACAAACUUUUUACAAUCGAAUUACACCCUUUUUCGAGCAAAAAAUUGGAAGAAAACCGCACUUUCUAUUGACUGAGCAAAAUAAUGAAUAUUUAUAUAAUGUUAGGGGGCGCUCACCGAUCAUUCAUACGGAACUCACUCGUUCCGUUGUGCCUUAGGGGAACGAAAAUCAAGGAGAAAAGUGCAUGCAACUUAAGUAGUCGCUUUUUACAGAGUAUUAUGCUUGCAUGCGGCCGGAAAUAAGUUAGUUCGAAAACCGACAUCCUGAAAUAAUUGAUUAUAGAAUUAUGCUGCACGAUGAUUAAUUUUGCGACCUUACUUAAUAAAUCUUUUGGGAACUAAAACGCAUUUUGGAAUUUUGGUUGAUAUUUUAUGAGCUAGCCCGCCUACUGUACAUGAAAAUCCCCUUACUACAUUCCCAACGGGCAAAUGAUAUGCAGUAAUCUCCCCUUUAUCCCCGAUGCAUGCUUUCGAGAAACCUCGGCGAAAGUGAAAAUCUUCUAGGUAAUACAUGUUUUAAUUUUUGUUUUUAUAUAUUUAAGUCAUUUUAAACAAUUCCAUAUUCUCACAAGCAUUUAUCACACAGUUAUACGGCAUGAAACCGUUGUAUUCUAUUGAACAUUCCUAAGUAUUCGUUGAAAUUAUGUAUUUCACCACAGUAUCUAUGUUGUAUGUGCAAGCAUACGUAUCAAGCGUGACUGAGUUUUAUUUAGUGCGUAAUACAGUUUUGAACACACCUUAAUAAUACAUUUUUAAUAAAAAUGUAGCCAACAGUGUCCCGUGGGCAAACAGACUGAGGAAGCAUGUAUCAGAAAUAAAACACCAGCUGUCCACAGAAAUCUGCGAACCAGCGGAAAAUCUACGAUUCAUAUUCAGAUAUGCUUGCAUAUAAAAUCGGCGAUAGAGUGGAGCCUCGAAAGCCAAGGUGCAAUAUAGCGGCGGAUUCCUGUAAAUAUUUAUGUUUCACUUGUAAGGAUAUGUGCGAGAUCCAAGUUACUGAAAGGGAAGAGGAAUAGGAGAAAGCGUACUUCAAGAAAAGUGCCUAUUCACAUGUUGGCGAAAGGCGGAAUGCGAAGGUCGGUGGUUUUUUUUAUUCACCACCGUCUAGAAUGACCACCAGAUGCACCAAUGGUUUGUUACUAUAGUGCCUUAAACACAAGCUGCACCUGUACACCAAAAGUGGUUGCCAAAUUUGGUCGUCCGAUUUGUCUCAGGCCUUCGAACACGGACGCCGAGUGAACAACCUUUCCUCUCGCACUGUUAGUCCUUGACAUUUAAGGAAGGAAUAACAGGGCUUGAUAAAUUCCCUUGGUGACAUUUCAAGCGUCGUUCGUGAUCUGCUCGUCUUGGGUGGCAAGACAGAGGAGUGGAUGUAUGUGUGUUCCGCAGGUACGGAUCACUUUGGUUGCAGGCUUCUUUGCGACGAAACAUCGUGCGUAUGCCUUUAUAUCGGGUUCAAGCAAGGUUCUAUUGAAUGUAGAGAGUGAAAAAGCUCGAGAAACUGGCAAAGUGCGUUUUACUUUAAAUUCGACCCACGUUUUAUGUGAGAUAACUUCAGUCAUAUUUCCAGGGAAAACAGAUACAGAACAUAGAGGAGCAUAUUUUUUGGCAGAGUAUUUGGGCUGUUUCUUAUUUAACGCGAAUCAGAGCAUGCCCAUUUUUUCAUGCAAAGGUACGUUUAAGGGCGAUAGGCUUUUCAGUUCGUUAGCCGGUAGAAGAGCAAUACUGAUGUGCGUUCGUUCUUUGAGGCACUCCUUAAGGAAACCUUUAAUUUCGUCAAGUAUGCAAAUGUAAAGAAAGCCAUUGCACAUUUAAAAAUUAAAGGAACAGUGUGUACGACAACACUAUGGAUACGCACUGUGGCAAAAACACCUAGUAGAAACACGCCGUAGUCGCUCACUGUCCAUUUUUAUUCAUUUUCUUCAACGGUGGUCUACCUGUCGAUCCUGUGGUUUGCAGUCGCGAUCCCUCGUCGAAGGGUGGGAUCGGAGGCACCCACAGUGCCAUGACUUUGGCCUGAACUAGGUCGGAAUGUUUUCUGCGUUCGAAUGAAUGACUUGGAUUAAAUCAGUCGUAAUGAAUUUUUACCAUCCUAAUCUUAAAUUCUUUAUGGAUAUUUGAGCCACAUCAGGGUAAUAUUCAUGAACCGCUAACAGGCGGUCAGUAGUAUACACAUGCCGUUUGACUCGCUAUGUUAGCAGCAGUGGUGCUGGCUAGGAGCUCAGACACGCAUUAUGACCAUAUUCUGCGACACGUAAUAAGCUUCGAGGGGCUUGGCUACUUCUUUUUUCAACGAAGACAUGUUUUUAUCAGGACCAACGCUGGCGGAUAAUCGUUAAGUCGGUUUCAUCUUGACGAAGAGAAAUGAAUUGGCAGUUUGCGAAAUGCAGUUGAGGUUAACAAAGGUAAAAUAUUCAACAGUCCCUCCAAUUCCUGCUUAAAUAGGCGGCUCGAAGACCUGCAUGCCAGUAGCAAAGUCGCUGUCCGCUUGUAAAUGUUCCAAAUGUAUCGACAAGGAGCCACUAGACGCAAUAACCAAAACGUAUGUACACUAGAGAACGGAGGCAUUUAGUCUGGAAAUAACGACCCUAUGUUGCGGAUGCAAAGAGAGUGGAGAGCGAGAGAGUCAGUUAUACGCUCACACUCAUCAAGAGCUGGGGAGGUACAGCAGACACGGCAUCGUCUUGAGCCGCGGACGACCGACGAGCAGUGUUCAUUCACCCGCGUAAUUGCAGGCCCGUUGCGCGCUGAAGACGCACCAAAAGCGGUUGAAGCCGAUGGCCUGCCUCGAACGGUCAACAUUUAUUCGACAGGUCUGUCCUUCAUUUGAUCCUCCGCUAGUUUUUGGGAAUCGGUUAUCUAGAUAACAUUAAUGGUCCGGUAAGGGAAACCAGUCCAACGUUGCCAAUAUUGCACGCCGUUGACACUUCGAUCUCACGUUUCGAAUUUAGCUAAUGAAAUAUUCGAUUAGGACCCGAAGGGCCGUCUUCAACACGUCUAGGGACUCCCUAAAACAAACAACAGUACAGAAUUAAUUAUGCCUGCGUUUUCUAUGGAUGUGCCUUGAGUACUUUGUUUCACCAUUGCGAUUCUGAUGAUAAACUCGAUAGAAACAAUUUACUUUUGCAUCCUACUAAGGUGAAUCCAUUUUAUGCUAAGCUUUUCGGCUACCAUAAGCGGAACAUAUCUUGCUCUACCAUUCGCUCUAUUUGGUGGUUUCGAGUAAUUAGUAUAUCCUUCCCUUAAGAAAGUUCGAACUGUGCCUUGCUGCAAAAGGACGCACUGUCUGUCAUGUAGAAACUCAGUAUGAUCACUUAACUUGUUGGAUUUUAUGGAAAGCUCUACUCAAACAACUGAUAGCCGUCAUUAUUGGUGUGCGAAGAGGAUUUUGAUUCAGGCGGCGGGUUUCUUUCAUCGGUCUUGCUCAAGAUCAGGUAAGCACAUCUAGGCGAACGCGCAUGGUUAAUAAUGACCCUGCCAGUUCUUGACAGUAACCUACAGUAAAUGCCCUGUUUCAUUAAAUGUCAAUUAAAAGUCUGAAAUACGUCUUUGAUAAGACAGAGUAACUUAAAUAGGGUUGACAUAGCGAUUACCAUGCAACAUCAUUUCAAGAUAUCUCGAUUAGGCCAUUAUAUCGUCAUUUGAAUGAGCUUCAUUCUGGUCGCAUGCAAAAAUUACACUCGGUGCAAAACGACUGCAAUAUAGGUAUGAUAUUUUCCACUGAUCCUCAGUAGUCAAACAUAUUUUAUAGAAAAGAUGCAUAAAACACUCUUUCUUAUACCUAUCUGGUGACGAAAUACGUAGUCUCCAAACUUUAUCCUCCAAGAAAGCGCUUGAAAACUGUUUAUUUCUGAACGAUCUUAAACCCAGCUUGCGGUUGCGUUUGCACAUAGGGUUUUCAAACUGCAAGCCGGACAAUCUCCGUAUGAGCAAAAUCGCAUAUUUCACUGCGUUAAUGGGAAGAUGUCAUAUAGAGCUUAUACAGUUUGCAAUAAUGUCCAGGUGACUAAACAGGUAUUCAUUACAGCCCGACUUCUCCCUGCGUGACAGAGUAUACAUCCUAUACCCUUAAUCUUUCCACAUCAACGAGCGUCUUUGCAGCUCUUUUCAAACAUGUUCACGCACACUUGAAGAAAAGGACGUGGUACAAUUGAUAUAAUUCCUCUCGCACACUGGAAACUUAACCAGGUUAAAAGUGGUUUGCCAUCGAGGAUUAAUAAUUCCGAAGAGUUAUUUUCCCAGGAAAAAGUUGGAAGAGUUUUAUGCAUUUUGUGUUUUGUAAGUUUGACUCAAAGUUGCCUGCGUGCUCGGAAAAAGCCUGCAACCCCAAAUACCUCUAUAAGAUGUAGUGGAGGAAAAAAUCCCAUGAAGCACCUACACCUUUAAGUAAUUUGGUCUCAGCCGAUUAACACGCGCUACUGUAUUUUUUGUCAAUUAUGAACAGUUUUGACCAUCGUGCCAAUCACAUUUGGACACCAAACUCUAAUUGCCAAAUAAAGAUUUUCACGCUUAUUUUCAGUGCUUUUAAGAUAAAAAAUAUGGAAAAUUUUGUUUUCAUAUUUUAGUUUCUUAGAAUAUUACUGUUUUUGAAAGUGUCGUUUCUGAAGAAAAAUUACGCUUCAGUUUGAAAUUCGCAAUUUAUAUGGCCUUUCUGGGGCAGCUUAAUUCUCUUUACGGCCCAAUAAGAGAUAUCCUGUCGCUCAUUCCAUACCGGAAUUCAUUUGGAUUAUGUCGCCUAAGUUGAAAACAAAAUAUUCUUAAAACCAAAUGCAGUGUUGGGCACUCGUGUAUCUUUUAUAAUAAAUAUGACUGUCAAUAGGAGCGAAGAGACGAGUCCCAGGAAGCAGUCCUGAAGACUGAGACACGAUCGCUGGGACAAAAGCUUCAUUAGCCUGACGUUUUGAAUUCCUGCUCGAGACGUGUCUGCUUUUGUUCCUGAUGAUGGGUUCAAGCAGGAAUCUGAAACGUCAGGCAAAUAAAGCUCUUGUCCCAGCAAUCGUGUCUCCUUCUUCAAAAUGUGAUUGCUUUUAAAAACUACAUGGAUGAUAAAGGGAAACAUGUAAACGAACCACGACAGACUUUUCCAAGAAAUUUAUUGAUAUGGACUGCGGAAGACUUUUCAGCUGAGUCCUAGCAUGAAACACUGUGGUAUUGUUUUUUGUAAACUAUGCCCUCGUCUCGUUCCACUUUUAUAUAAACAGAUAGGUUUUUGUACCUCCGGCGAUCUUUCAUGAAGUCUGCAAGGCGGCACUGACUUACAUGGACGUCUAAACAAGAGUUGGAAAUAGGAAUAUUCCGUCCAAUUAAUAAAGGUGGACAUGUGCAUAACAAUGGAAAGAACAAAAUGUUCCCGUGCCAUAACGCCAGCAACAAUCCUAAUAUAAAACUACACAUCGUCCUAAUUUGAACCCUAACCCUACGCUUAAUCAUAACUGUGCAGUUAACGCUAGUCGCCACCUCGACCCUAAACUUGAUCCUGGCUUAUACUACGGCUACCUUCAAGCUUGACCUUGAACCUAAGCCUUAACUUAACCCUAGCCCUUACCUUAAACCUGAUCCAAAUUUUACUGGAAGUUGGUUCAAAACCAGCCGUGUUUCGGGCAGUUCCUGUCGUCAUGUCCCGUUUAGACGUAUCAUAUCAGAAAUAAGGCCAGAAUCACACCAUUCAAUGUUUAAACGGGCCUUCGAAAUACAUUCUCAGGUGCACUUGUAAGUGCGUGAUUCACGCUCUCGCAACUUGAUUUUCACAAGUUAUCUCUUGAGACAGACUUAUUCUUUUACAUACUUUUAACAUAGUACUAUGGACCAGUACUUUUAAAAUGCUUCGGAUAACCUCAGACACGCAGCCAAGGAAUUUCCGUUAAGAUUUACGUUCUCGAGUCUUUUCUACGCCAAUGGUUUUGCCCCGUUUGACUGUGAGCCAUCGUCCUCCACGUGGCUUCUCUAUUUAAGAUCUCUGGUUAACUCAAAAGCAGACGAAAUUCGUAUGAGAUUAACCAUGGGUAGGGGAUAGGAAUGGAUCCUCCGGUGGUUGUUAGCAGGAUCUUUGACGUGGGACGUCAGACAGAGUGUUGAAAUAGACAAAUAUACAAAGGUAAAACUUUAUGCGCGAUCCUGCCGAAAAUAAGUUGAGUCUAAAUUGCUUCAGAAGUGAACACUUUACCUGCCUUAUUUAGCUCUAUUAGUACUGCAAGUUCUGUACUUUAGUAAAGUGAAUUAGAUUAAUGAGCCAACAUUCCCUACCUGACGUACGUUUACUGCAGUACAACAAGAGGAUGACCGUGAACGUGUUACUAAAAAAAACAUUUCGUUUCCCGAUCUAGGCCGAUUACAGUGACUCCCCCAAAAUAGCAGGAUGAAUUUUCCACGGAAAUUAUGAAUACUUUCCCAGACAGCCUCUCCCUCACUCGUAUUUUCAGGCAAUAGGGAAAGUCAAAAUUCCCUUCAGAUUGACAACCUAAUUCCCUUUGUAGAACUCUGUGCAUUCCAGAAUGAGGCGACACUUUCGGAUUCUAUAAAUAGUUGCCCAAUAUCCCAAUACCUCGCCGCCCCUCCAUGUUGCAUGCGAAAUACCAGAAGGGGCGAUACAGCAUCAGCCGGCUUUAGCUUAUUUAAAAGGGAAUUCCUGCCUUCAGCCCGCGUCAACAUAUUUCCUGACAUUUAUAUUAGGACUCGACAGUCGCACCGCGCUUUACUUGGAAAAAGGUUCAGCCCGGGUAAAGUCAAGCUGCAAGUUGCUUGAAAAAUUAGUUCGUUGUGUAAUAAUCUCGAGGGUGAUUCUUAUUCCUAUUCCCUUCCCUUCUCCUCCUCCUCCCCAUUCUUCUUCCUCUCCUUCUUCCUCAUCCUCAUCUUCCUCCCUUUCACCCUUUUGCUCGCUCUUCCACAGCAGUUGAAAGCCGCAAAGAGAAACUCCAGUUUUACCUUCCUGCAAGUGUCUUGGCUUGUACGCGGCGCUGGCCUAUUUUCCGACGACGCAACAGCAGCCAGUACUAUAGACCCGGGAAUUGUGUCGCAUGUGACUAGCCCCACCGAGGGCAUUCGUCCCUCCGAAUGCGUGUGCGUGUGUGUACGGGCGCGCGUAGGUGCAGCUUGUAAAUUCCCAAUUGCACGUUGGACAUGCACGCGUGGGCGUUGGAUGCCUGCCAGCACGCAAUGGGUUAUCGCCCUAGUGACUGCUGUACGCUGGUAGCGGGAUUCUGGAACGUGUUGUUUAGGGUCACGAUCCAGGCGCACACAGACAUUCCAGACGUCUUCGAUAAUUUUUUACUGACUUUUCGUCUACCUCUUAUGCCUGUCCAUUUUUCUCCUUAUUUUCCUUUUUGGCCUCUUCUCUACCUCAUAUCCUUCCCGUUUUUCUAACUUCCUCCCCCUACCGAAUCGAUAUUCUCCCCACUCCCCACUCUGGGGUGUUCGUUCCAUUAUUUCUGUUUUGCCUUAAUCUCCUCUCCAAACUGUCGUGCUCUACCACCUUUUAAUCUGUUUUCUAUUUAUCUACUUUUCAUCCUCUUCCGUAGUCUGCGCACCUACCUGUUGUUUUUUUCAUCAGCGUCCGGCUCAUUAGCGUCUUCUUUCCCCUCAUUGCCGAGUUCACGAUCUCACUUUCCUGUAUCACAUUUGUAGUUUACCCUUUUAUGUCUUUUUGUUUAUGAUUCUCUCCACCCACCCCUCCUUCUUCUCUUUCUUACUCCUCUUCUUCUUCAUCUUCUUCCUACAUUUUUGACCUUCUAAUAAUCCGAAUGCUUCAUAUUCCCUUUCUACUUUCCCUCCUCAAUCUUUUUUCUAAAGUGUCGGCACAUUUGACACCUUGCGUCUUUUUCCGACUCCUUUUGGUACCCCAUUUUGAUUUUGGAAUUUUCCGCUAUUGUUGUCGUUUUGAUUGUCAUUUCCCGUUCUUUCGUCCGCGUCUAUUUCCUGAUCUUUGGGUUGUUUGGGAAAAGAGGUAUGUGGUGGCACUUUAGGGCUGGGGUAGGCCGAAAUGGGGCAGAAAGAAAAGAAUUUAAAAAGGGUCGACACGAAGGGAAGAAUGUCCUGCACAUUCUUGACCUAAAAGCUUUUUCUAGCUUGUCAGACCUCGACUGCAGGCAUUCGACUGUUCUUCCGCUCUCCUGCCAUAGCGAACCGUGUGUCUGGUGUUCCUCUCGAAAGUACAGCGAAUGUGCUAACUAAUGAAAUGCCGACUGAAAUUCUUAAAUGCGUUUUCGACUCAAAAAAUUGCUUAAGUAGGCUUGUAAUAUAAAUCACCUUGCAGCAUAAUCCCAUGAUAGUUCAGUUACAUCAGGAUGCCGGUUUUUGAACCAACUUCUUUUCGGCUGCCUGCAAACACUACAAUUUGCAUUAAAUGGCCACUAUAGAAUAUAAUUGUUUCUCAUUUAUUUUCAAAGGCCUUAUAAAUUCAAAUAUAUUUCAUAGAAAAAAUGCAGAAAAAUAUUUAUUCCCUUGCUCGUUUGGUAGAAAAUUCAAUCAUACUCAAGUUUUACACUUUUGGAAAGGGUAUAAUUUGGUUUUAAAAAACGUUUCCGAUCCCGAUUAAUUUUGAAACUGACCCGCCGCUACACUUGCAUUCAGGGUUUCCAAAUGACGGUAUAUGUGCUAACUCAUAAAAUGUAAACCGAAAGUUUGAAAUGCGUUUUUGGCUCGAAAAGAUAACUGACGUAGGGCUGUAAUAUUUAAUCAACAUGCAGCAAAAUCCCAUAAUAACUCAGUUAAAUUAAGAUUCCGAAUGCUGAAUGAAUUUUUUCGGUCGCUACCGAAAACGGCACACUGCAAUAAGGGAUUUCUUACGUAACAUGAACGUUUCUCAUUGUUGCUCAAUGACGUCAUAAAGUUUGAUGUAUUUCCUUGCAAACACGCAUGCAAAUAAAUAUUCUUUUCUUCAUCUGGUAGAAAAAUAAAUUUUAUUUGAAUUUUAUGCCCGAAAGAAGUGUAUACUUCGGUGUGAAAAACGCCUUUCUGAUUCCUGAAUAAUUUUAAACUCUACCUGUGGUUAAACUUGCAUUCAGAGUUUCAAAACUACUAGCCUUGUAUUUUCCGUGUACGAAAAAUCACAGAUUUCUAGACGAUAACUAAAGGAUAGUAUAUGAGGUUCAUUAAGUUUAGCAGAAGACUUGAGUCAUAUUGUGAACUUAACGGGCGACAUUAGUAGAUGCGGAGACAGUGUGGUGUGGACAGGCAUUUCGUGGUCUUGAAAAUACAUAAUAAGAAACUUUUUUAAAACCAAACUGUACACUUUCCCCAAGAAUAACAUUUGGAGAAGACGUGCUUUCCUACCAAAUGAGUAAAAGACAAAGCAUUUUCAUGUAUAUUUUUGAUUGGAUAUAUUUAAAUUUUUAAGUGCAUCGAAAAUCAAUGAGGAAAAUUCGUGCUACUUAAGAUGCAAUUUUUUACGGAGUGCAGUUUUUACAGGCGGCCGAAAGGAAGUUUUUUCAAUAUUCGUUAUGCCAAAAUAUUUGAAUUUCAUGGUAAUCGAUAGUAAAACUCUACUUAAGUAAUCUUUUCGAGUCGAAAACGCAUUUCAGAAUUUCAGUUUACAUUUUAUGAGUUUGUACCUGUACUGUGUAAGCUCUAUAUUUUCCGUCUACGGGGAAUCGUGCACUUCAAUACGGCAGAUAAGGGAGACCGUAUGGGGUUCAUGAUAUUCGGCAAUGGAUUUGUACCAUAUUGUAACUUUUACAAACAACAUAAGUAAAUGCAGAGAUACGAUGUUUUUUGAACAAGCAUUUCAUGGUCUUAAAGAAACCCAUAAUAAGGAACUUUUUAAAAACCGACUUAUACCCUUGUUUCAGGCAUUAAAUUUGAAGACGACGUAAUUUCCUGCACGGUGACUAAAAUCACGCCUCUACUUAAAUAAUCUUUUUGAGUCGAAAACGCUUUUUAAAAUUUUCGUCAACAUUUUAUGAGUUACCACAUCUACUGUAUGCUAGUCAGUAAAAACGUCUUUAGAACGUGCAGGCACAGCUCGGUAACAAUGGGUUACAACUUUGUACUCACAAAUCCUACCAAGUGCACACUGGAAUUUAAAAUGAGCUUUUUCUCCGGUCGUGGGGGAUGAAACAGUCCAAACAGGCUGCCUAUUCAUCGAGGUCUACUUCCACCUAGUAUGCAAUAAUUUCAUAUAGUCAUAUAAGCGCAAAGCAAUUUAACGCUUUUAAACUGUUAAUGCGAAGAAAAAGUGGAGUCGGAACAGUUUCAUUUCGCAAACAUUCCUCACUUUGCCAGUGAAGCGAUCAGUCUGAAGCACGAAUCUUAUUGGCGGUUCCCCGUAGUAGGCAUAGGUGUAGCUGGCAAUGUCUUCUAGUGUUUUUGAAAGAAACUCAAAAAAUUUUGUAAAAUUCAAUUGCCAAAGUGUCUAAUGUGUUCAAGUACUGGAAUUUUGACUAUAGAAUCCAUCCCAGCGGCAUUCCUCCUAACCAAAGGCUGAUAUGCUUGUAUAUAUUACGACGCGCCUAGAGCUGUAGCUUGGAGGGUUACCACACGAAGGCAUAUCUAGAUCCCCAUCAGGACUUAGGCCAGACGGCGAUGGUUGCCUCUUAAUAUUCAGUAGGUGGGCAAACUCAUGAAAUGUCAACCGAAAUUCCGAGAUGCGUUUUCGUUUCGAAAGGAUUAAUAAAGUAGGGUUGUAGAACUAGUCCGCCCGCAACAUAAUUAUAUAAUAUUUCAGUUACCUCAGGAUGCCGGCCUUCGAAUGAACUUCACUUCGGCUGCAUGACAAAAUGCAUUAUAAAAAAUGACUACUUAAACGGCAUGUAUGUUCUCACUGAUUUUCGAUGCCAGAAAAAUUCCAAUUAUAUAUCAUGGAAAUCACGCAUAAAAAUAUUGCUUCUUUUGCUCAUUCGGUAGAAAAUUACGUCUUCUUCUAAUUUUAUACUCAAAAGGGGAGUAUAAUUCGGUUUUUAAAAACUUUUCCAAUUCCCGAAUAAUUUUGAAUCCGCUCUACCAUUACACUUGGAUUUAAGGUUUCCAAACAUCAAGCAGUAUAUUUUCCGCGUACGGAAAACCACAAAUUUCUCUACAGUGUUAAAGGGGAACCAUAUAGGGUUCAUAAAAUUUGGCAGUGGAUUAGAUUCAUAGUGUUAACUCUACAAGCCACAUUAGUAAAUGCAGAGAUAUGACGAUUUAUGAACGGCCAUUUCACGGUACUUAAAAGUCGUUCAAUAAGAAACUUUUUUAAAACCGAAUAAUAUCCUUUCUACGAGUAUAAAAUUAGAAGAUGACGUAAUUUUCUACCGAAUAAGUGAAAGAAUGAAUAUUUUUAUGCGUGUUUUUCAUGAAAUAUAACUGGACAUUUGGGGGCAUUUAAAAUCAAUUUAAAAAAUCACGCUACUUAAGUAGUCAUUUUUUACAGAAUUAAGUUCAUUCAAAAGCCGGAUUCCCGUGGUAACUAAAUUAUCAUAGAAUUAUGCUGUAUGAGGAUUGGUUUUAAAACCCUACUUAAUUAAUCCUUUCGAAACGAAAACGCAUUUCGGAAUUUCGGUUGACAUUUUAUGACUUAGCCCACCUACUGUAGUCUUUAUUGCGCUCUCACCCUCGUGACACGGGGACCGCCCAUGCCCAUGUCGUGUGUGAGGCACGCGUGGACGGGCCGCUUAGCCACGUCAGCCACGUUGUUAGAGACGUUGGACUUCUAACUAACAGGUCGCGCGAUCGAGCCCCGGGUGCUCCACAUUUCGGGGUUGCAUGCGACUGGCUGACGACGGCUAAUUAGCCCGAAAUGGUGCGCCAUGACUCGUGUGUCAGAACUGACUGGUUUCAUUGAAUAACCAAGCUACGUGCCGAGUUUGUUGUUGAUCCUUUGGAGUGCACUGCCAGUGUUUGAUUUUUGACAGGAGAAACUGUAAGAUAAUUGAAGCUUGGAACUCUGAAGGGGACUCAGACAAUCGGCAUAUAAAACCCCAAACAAUGUACACAACUAGAAAGAGUCCUUCCCAGGCCUGAGACAUUGGUCGCUUAUCUGUUCAAAUACUUCAAAAUAUCGUUUUUUACAGACGGCUAAGAUGCCAGAAGUGGCCAUUCCAGUCUCCCGUGUCCUUGUCAGUAAUAGUGCCUAUAUCAUGCGCCGCCGUGCGGCUGCUGGUUGGACUUGAGAGAGAGCCCGUAAGGCACAACGGAACGAGUGAUUUACGUAAGAACGAUCAGUGAGCGCCCCCUACCCUUGAAAUAAACCCGCUGUCGAUGACUCAUUCGCACGCUGUAUACGAAAAGAUCAAAAAAUCACAUGAUCUGCACGAGGGCUGGGAGGCCUCGAAUUAGUUCCGUAGGAUAGAUCAGUGAGCGUCCCCUACCAUUACUUUAACUUUAUCAAAUCAGCCAUUUUUUCAUUUUCCGGCCUAUUUUCGGUUCCAGCUACGCUAUCUCCUGCAAGCUGUCCAUAACAUGUUGGCCAUGCAAACUUCGCCGAACCUGGACUCACAGCCCCAGCGUCCAUUCAGCUGGUACGUCGCCGCAAACAGAUCCCCCAGUGAGGACGCCUAUCAGUUGGGCAGCGCCGGCACCGCCAGUCCAAAAACCGUCCAGCCGCCAGCAAACACCCCCAAAUCGCUCUCUGACCUUGACUUCGAUGUGCUGCCUCUGAUCGAUGCAGGUGACCUUGACCUGUCGCCUCGGUCUCCGCGCAAUCGCCAGUCGACCGCCUCGACUCUCCUGCCGCCGGUGUUGCCCGCCGGCUUCCGCAACUUCAGCCGCUAUCUGGAUACCAAAUUCGGUCCGGACUCGAGCUCAGUCUCUCUCGAGAGUAUCGCCGACCCUCAGGGGGCAAAUGAAGCCGGCAGUGGAGGCCCCAGUAACGCAGCUCCCACAGCUGAAGUCAAUGUGAUGGCGGAGAACACAACGGUGGCCAAGAAGGAGGGCCACGGACGGCAGCAAAUAAAAGCCUCCUGUUCGCCCGUCGCCAGUAAGUGGGCUGCUUGCUUCCGUUCAUGGAACCUUGAUUCCUUCCAGCUGAUGCGAAAAAUCACAUGACGGACCCAUCGCCAUAGCAACAGCUCACACGCUCACCGAGUAGUUUAUUUCCUGCCUUUUAUAAAAUUUGGCCACUUGAACACAUCUUGCUUUGGUUAGACUCCUCAAGCAUGUGGUACUAUAUCGAUAACGACCGUCGGAGGUAGCCGACACCUCACCAUAUGCGCCUUCCGGUCCAACUUGCUCUGAUUGGUCAACCCCGCGACCACUUCCUAACAACCCCGCUCUCCUCCGACCCAGUCCACCACCACCACUUCGUGAUCUUGGUUCACAGAGUGUCAUACAGUAACCAACAGACCAUGCCGACUCGUCAAUACAACGGACGCCUGUGGUUAGAAAGUGGAGUAAAAUGAGUAAAGCUUCCGACACAUCAGCUAUGAAAACUCGGUGCACGAACGUUAUAAACACGGCUGCACGUCUGGACGUGUUCCCCCUAUUCGGUGCCUGCUAAUAUUCCGAUUGCAUUAUUCAGCGAUAUUUUCUUGUUGAAAAAUUGCACUGAAUUAAUUCCACUGGUUAUCUUCACAAAAACACUCCCAAACAUCUACAUUAUCGGCGUAAAGUUACAGUCAGGAGAUAUAAAAUCGAAAGGUCGUCAUGUUCAUCAUUGUAUCGUGAAUGAAGUUUACAACGGAAUCAGCAUAACAACAGCCACUCGAGCAAUUUAUGGUGUUUAUCACAAUGAUUGAGUUGUGGCAAGUGUCAACGUUGUUCUGUGGAAUUCUGAUCGGUCAAUUUCAGCCUUUCCAGUGUCUAUCGCCCAGGAAGACCCGUGGAGCUGGAUAAUGGCAGGUUCCCGUCAAACUAUGGAGGAAUUAUCAGGAAAAACUAAAUUUGUUACGUUCUAAUGUUUAAGAGCGCCUUAAACAGGUUAAGAAGAUCAGAAGAUAAAGAGUUUAAACUCCGCGCUAAUUUUUGAUAAAAAAUUAAGCCCAGUGUUACACAGUUUGUGACUUUUGCUAAUCAGGCAGAAGAGAGGGCCAGCUCUUCAUCGAAUCGCCACUGUACGUCAGCGAUCGGCCCAAACACCGAUGACUUUUUACAGAUCAGACAUUACUUGUCAGACCGAAAUUAAACCCAGACCCUACGAAGGCCUCGUUAUUGUUUGAUGGAGUAUCGUACACAUAUCUCACUUUACGCUGUCGUAUCAAGAUCAGGCCGUAGCCACAGAUCUUUAUUGUUAACAUAUGCAGCUUAAGCUCUUGCCAUUAAACAUCCGGGGUCACUCAGCUAAAAAGAUGUCAUCCUGAUGCAUGACAAAAUGAGACCGCAGUCGACUUGACAGACCCAAAACGUGAUCGGGGAUAUAGAGUUGGAACUUUUUACUCCCAUUUGUCCUAAGCACUUGAUCGUGCGUCAACUGACUGUCAUUUGUUUAGAUCUCUGCAGCAAUUUCCGGGCGGAUAAAUAUUCGAGAUACUGAUGAUGUCAAAACCGGGUUAUGUGGAUUCUUCGUAUCAGAAUAUAUCUUAAUUUAUAAAGAGAGCAUCGAAAACUGUGUCCCAGGAUAGGCAGCACUGAAUGAUGACGAUGGCGGUUAUGUUACUGCUUGAAAAGCGCUUUCCUGCAAACACUCUCCCUGUCAUUUAUUAAAAAGCCAACAUUACUUUCAGGUACUCCUAAUCUGUGCUUUUUACACUAAAGUACUAGCAUGACCCCACUGACCUUUUUCAGCUAUUGCGGAUAUCGCUUCGCCCAAUUACUACUCCGACAACAUUGCGAAAUCCUGGACCAACCGCAGUCCGCUACCGGUUAGAACACAUGCCCCGCGGGAACGACGUGCGAGUGCCCAUGGUGUGGCAGAUUUUCUGGUACAGAAUCGCCGUCAGACAGCUGUCACCUCUCCUCCGACCAAUGAAAGCCGCAUACGCACAGGCUCCGCAUCACCCACCUCCUCCUACUUCUCUGAUUGGCCGCAGAAUGAGAACGCUCCGACUUCCACACCCACCUACGAUUUCAACG